GAUUGGAUCGGCAAGUACCCUUUCGUGUCCAUCGAGGAUCCCUUUGAUCAGGACGACUGGGAGGCGUACUCCAAGUUCCAGGCCGAGGUGGGUGAGACCAUCCAGAUUGUCGGAGACGACCUCCUGGUCACCAACCCCAAGCGCGUGCAGAAGGCAUUGGACUGCAAGGCCUGCAAUGCCCUGCUGCUGAAGGUGAACCAGAUCGGGUCUGUGACGGAGGCCGUCGAGGCAGCGUGCAUGUCCCAGUUUGCUGGCUGGGGCGUCAUGGUCUCUCACCGCUCCGGCGAGACGGAGGACGCCUUCAUCGCAGACCUCGUGGUCGGCCUCCGCACAGGGCAGAUCAAGACGGGAGCUCCGUGCCGAUCGGAGAGGUUGGCAAAGUACAACCAGCUCCUGCGCAUCGAGGAGGAGUUGGGAGACAGGUGCAGCUACGCGGGCACGGGCUUCCGCAACAUCGGCUCGCCGGCCUUUGGCAUGAAGCGCAAGCCGUUCGUGGGCGGCAACUGGAAGUGCAAUGGCAAGGUGAGCCAGGUGAAGGAGCUCCUCACGGCAUUCAAGGCCGCCGGCGCCGACGCGAAGUUCGUCGACGUGGCGAUUUUCGCGCCGACCCUGCAUGUGCCAACAGCACAG